AUGCUUCCCACUCCAUCCAUUCCAAAAACCCUAAAACCUUCAUUUCAUCUUCCAUUUCUCGCCAUGAAGGACCGCCCCUCUCUGUCCUCCCAUGGCGCCAUCUACGUUCCUCCGCACCACCGUCUCCGCUCCGUCAUCACCUCCGCUAACUCCCUCACUCCAGUUUCCGCCAAGCUCCGCGAAAAUCUCACAACCACACCUACCACUCUUCAAACCACCUUAUCAGAUAACAAGACGAAAUCGCGCUUUGUUUCUGCUUACGACGACGUCGUUUCCGAAGUUGAAGUUCCUUCACUACCGAGUGGUUUCCCCAAUGAUAUCAUGCAGGAGUGGAAGCCAAAAUUUACAAUGCUCUUGAAUGAUGAGAGUAAGCAAGAGUUGAUUUCAAGGGAGAAAAAAGAUAGGCGUGAUUUUGAUGAAAUAUCACUUUUGGCUAGUAGAAUGGGGUUGUAUAGCCAUAUGUAUUCCAAGGUUGCUGUCUUCAGUAAGGUGCCACUUCCCAACUAUAGAUAUGAUUUGGACGAAAGGAAGCCUCAGAGGGAGGUGAGCAUGCCUAUCACUGUGUUCAGGCGGGUUGCUGCACAUUUUGAGGAAUAUCUUAGUCGAAAGCCCAGGAUAAACAAAAGCUUUUCAGAUUUGUCAAGCAGUGAUGGUAGUAUUGGUACAGAUGAAGGGCUUUUUGAACAGCCUGAGCCGCUAUCAUCCAGUAAGGCUGUUGUGGAGAAAAUUCUCUGGCAGAGAAGCCUACAAAUGCGGGAUGUGCAACAAGCUUGGCAGGAGUCAUCUGAAGGAAAAAUAAUGCUAGAAUUUCGUAGAAAUCUCCCUGCUUAUAAAGAGAAAGAAGCAAUAUUAUCGGUCAUAUCAAAGAAUCAGGUAGUCAUCAUUUCAGGCGAAACAGGUUGUGGCAAGACAACACAAAUUCCUCAAUUUAUUUUGGAAUCUGAGAUAGAAUCAGUUCAUGGAGCUGCUUGUAAUAUUAUAUGCACACAGCCAAGACGCAUUUCAGCCAUGUCUGUUUCGGAAAGGGUUGCUUUUGAGAGAGGGGAGAAAUUGGGUGAAUCUGUUGGAUAUAAAGUUCGACUGGAGGGAAUGAAAGGGAGAGAUACCCACCUUCUCUUUUGCACAACAGGCAUCUUAUUAAGAAGAUUACUGGCUGAUAGAAACCUUAAAGGUGUAACUCAUGUUAUUGUGGAUGAAAUUCAUGAACGUGGGAUGAAUGAAGAUUUUCUGCUUAUUGUCCUUAAAGAACUCCUUCCUCAUCGACCCGAACUCAAACUGAUUUUGAUGAGUGCUACCCUAGAUGCAGAGCUCUUCUCUUCGUAUUUUAACGGGGCUCCAAUAGUGAAUAUAUCGGGCUUUACACACCCUGUUAGAACUCUCUUUUUGGAGAACAUUCUUGAAACGAUGGGCUAUCGAUUGACCCCUUCUAAUCAAAUUGAUGAUUAUGGCCAAGAGAGGUUGUGGAAAAUGAACAAACAGGCCCCAAGAAAGAGGAAAAGUCAAAUUGCUUCUGCCGUAGAGGAUGCAAUUAGAUCUGCUGAUUUCAAAGAUUACAGCCUUCAGACACAAGAGUCUUUGUCGUGUUGGAAUCCUGACUGUAUUGGUUUUAGUCUCAUAGAAUAUAUUCUGUGCAAUAUUUGUGAGGAUGAAAGGCCUGGCGCUGUUUUGGUUUUCAUGACUGGUUGGGAUGAUAUCAACUCUCUGAAAGAGAAGCUCCAAGCACAUACUGUCUUGGGAGAUCCAAACCGUGUUUUGUUACUUGCAUGUCAUGGCUCAAUGGCUAGUUCAGAGCAAAAAGUAAUAUUUGAAGAGCCCGAAGACGGAGUGAGAAAAAUAGUGCUAGCAACAAAUAUUGCCGAAACGAGUAUCACAAUAGAUGAUGUUGUUUUUGUUCUGGACUGUGGAAAAGCAAAAGAAACAUCAUAUGAUGCACUGAAUAAUGCACCUUGUUUGCUUCCUACAUGGAUCUCUAAGGCUUCUGCUCAUCAAAGAAGAGGAAGAGCUGGCCGUGUUCAACCUGGAGAGUGUUACCAUCUCUAUCCUAGAUGUGUAUAUGAUGGUUUUGCAGAGUAUCAAUUGCCAGAAAUUUUGAGAACACCUUUGCAGUCUCUCUGUUUACAAAUUAAAAGUCUAAGACUUGGAAGUAUAUCUGACUUCUUGUCUAGGGCUUUGCAGUCUCCUGAGAUACUCGCGGUACAAAAUGCAGUUGACUAUUUAAAAAUAAUUGGGGCUUUGGAUGAGAAUGAGAAUCUGACAGUUCUAGGACACUAUUUGACAAAGCUUCCUAUGGAACCCAAACUUGGCAAGAUGCUUAUAUUAGGUGCUAUCCUCAAUUGCCUGGAUCCCAUAUUAACUGUUGUUGCUGGUCUUAGUGUGAGAGAUCCUUUUCUAACACCACUAGAUAAAAAAGAUCUUGCCGAGGCGGCAAAAUCUCAAUUCUCUGGUGCAUACAGUGACCACCUAGCACUUGUGCGGGCUUAUGAGGGUUGGAAAGUUGCUGAGGUAGACCUGGGUGGAUAUGAAUAUUGUUGGAAAAACUUUCUUUCAUUUCAAUCCAUGAAAUCUAUUGAUGCUCUUCGGAGGGAGUUCAAAGGCAUGCUUAUAGAUAUUGGAUUAGUUGAUAGCAACACAACAAGCUGUAACACAUGGAGCUAUGAUGUGAAUCUUAUCCGGGCAGUUAUUUGCUAUGGUCUAUAUCCUGGAAUUUGUUCUGUGCUGCAUAAUGAGAAGUCUUUCACUUUGAAAACAAUGGAGGAUGGUCAAGUGCUCUUAUAUUCGAACUCGGUUAAUGCUCGUGAAACUAAAAUUCCAUAUCCAUGGUUAGUUUUUAAUGAGAAGAUAAAAGUGAACUCAGUUUUUCUCCGUGACUCAACAGCCGUUUCUGAUUCAGUGGUGCUUUUGUUUGGUGGAAGCUUAUCAAAAGGAGAUGCUGAAAAUCACAUAAAAAUGUUAGGAGGAUAUCUGGAGUUUUUCAUGGAACCUACUGUUGCUGAUAUGCAUCAGAGUAUAAGGAGAGAACUUGAUGACUUCAUUCAAAGCAAACUACUUUCUCCAACAAUGAGCAUACACUCGCAUCAUAACCUCCUAUCCGCGGUACGGUGUCUGAUUUCCAUUGACUCGUGUGAAGGCAGAUUUGUAUUUGGUCGCCAGGUCCUUAAACCAUCAAUGAAAUCCGUGAUCCCCUCACACCCAGCAUCAUCGGUUUCAAGGACAGAGAGUGGACCUGGGGGUGAUAAUCCUAAAAGUCAGCUCCAAACCCUGCUUACAAGAGCAGGAUAUGCUGCACCUGUCUACAAGACUAAACAAUUGAAGAACAACCAGUUUCGAUCUUCAGUUGAGUUAAACGGAGUGGAGAUAAUGGGUCAACCUUGUAGCAAUAAAAAGAGUGCAGAAAAAGAUGCUGCAGCUGAAGCGCUGCAAUGGUUAAUGGGCAAGCAAGCUGGCUGUGAAUAUAUCGAUCACAUGUCGAAGUUGCUGAAAAAAAGUAAGAAGGAUCACAAUUAA